AUGAGGGCCAAGCGUUCCAAGAAGUAUCGCAAGCUCAUGCACCAGUAUGAGCUUACGUUCGGCUUCCGUGAGGCGUAUCAGGUGCUCGUGGAUUCGAAUUUCCUGCAAGCGGUUCAUAAUUUCAAGAUGGAUUUGAUGCCCGCGCUAGAGCGGACAGUCCAAGGCCAGGUCAAGCCAUUGCUGACCAAAUGCUCUCUCGCCGCCAUCAUGGCUUCUCAACCCAUCAAUCCUAAGACCGGCCAGCCCUAUCGUCCAUUCCACCUCCCCCCGCCAACAAUACUCCCGCUCCGCCACUGUUCGCACAACGAACGCUCGGAGCCAAUCGAUGAGGUCGAUUGCCUUCUCUCUUUGCUCUCGCCGAAUGCCGAUGCAAAGAAGAACAAGGAGCAUUACAUUCUCGCAACUGCGGAUCCAGCGGUCAAAAAAGUAGACAGGAACGACAACCAGCAGCGCAAGCGCAAGCGUGAUGACGAGCGCGCGGAAGAACAAGCUCUGCGCCGUGCCCGCACGUUGCGCGUUCGUGCGCGGGCUAUCCCCGGUGUGCCCAUCAUCUACGUCAAGCGCUCCGUCAUGGUCCUGGAGCCGAUGAGUACGCCGUCUGAGAAUAUCCGCGAGGGUGUGGAGAGAGAGAAACUCGGUGUUGGAUUACCAGAGAAGCCGAGGGUGAAUACAGAAGAUGCUGCAGAAGGCGCAGAGAAGAAAAAGAAGCCCAGCGUGAAGAAGGCUAAGGCGCCCAAUCCGCUGAGUAUGAAGAAGCCGAAGAAGCGGACACAGGAGCCUGGUGCUGCCAAGACGCCUAAGAAGAAAGACCCUACUGAGGUCUCAAAGGAAAGCGAGACUGCCGAGAAGCCUGAUGGCGAGGAGGCUGAGGCUCCCAAGAACAAGAGGAGACGGCGACACCAUAAAAGCGGUCCUCGUGAGGGAAAUGAGGAUGAUGCACUCUCGACUGAGGCCGGCCCGGCUAUGGAGGUCGACGCAUAA